AUGACCACCGACCGACCUACAAGACCUACACGAACAUUCCUUUCGUCGCCUCGUCGCCUCGUCGUCGUCGUCGUCGUUUCAGAAACCGCCGUAACCGCUCCCGUCGUCGUCACUGCCAUCCUCGACAACGAGGCAACUGCCGUUCUGCCCAUCCUCCUGCCUUACCCAGUUGUCGAGUUGUCGAAAAAGAAUAAGCUUGUUUGUGUUCAGUUGUGA